AGAAUAUAAUCAUAUCGUCAAAAUGCAAAACCUUGAGGGGCAUUCACAUAGAUUCAGACUACUUGUGUAUACUUGAAAGUGUAAAAUUCCGUGGCCUUUUUUUACCUCGCUGACUUUUUUGUGGUCCUAGUUUUAGUUUUAGUUUUAAGAAAUUAUUGCCAAAUUUCUUGACUAUUUUUGCUUGCAACUUUUGGAUCCCUGUGUUCACUUUAUUUACUAUUUGGUUGGGACAACAAGUGGUCAGCCAGUACAAAAAAGUAUAUCUCACAGACGAUUUUUGAUAUGGCACAGAAAAAAAAUGAAGUUGUCAUGCAACUUAACCCAGUUAUUAGAAAACGUAGUGCCCACGCUGCGGGGUAUCGAUGGGAAGAUUUCACAGUGAUAUAAAAUGGAGACAAGCGAAGGAUUUAAAUGUCAUGUGUGCAGCCAACCUAUGCCAGCUUUCCACAGGCAUUAUGGCGGGAUAGUCUGCUUUUCUUGUAGAUCAUUUUUCAGACGCUGGACUCAGAUUGAUCCUAGGCCUUGCAAAUAUUCAGAUCAAUGUGAUUUCCCUCCAAAACCAGGAGAGAAAAAAUGCAUCAAAUGCAGGUAUGAGAAAUGUUUACAGAUUGGAAUGGAGAAAAGAUUUGUACUCAAUGAAAGACAAAUAAAGAUGCGGUUCAGACGAACUAUCAGACAACGCGAAGCUAGAGUGGGUCAGAACAGCAAUUCAUCUCCUUAUCGGCCAAAUCCAAAUUCACCUAAUCAUUGGCCAAAUAGACCUGAUGAUGGGUUGAAUACACCUGCCAAUAGACAAAAUAUAACCAAUAAUAGACUGAAUACUCCUGAUAGUAGGUCAAAUACUCCUGAGAACCUGGCAAGUUCACCCAAUAAUCGGCCAAAUACACCUAAUAGUUGGCCGAAUACACCUAAUAGUUGGCCAAAUACUCCAAACAAUGAGAGAAAUACAACUGAUGAAGUGUCCAUGAGUCAAGAUUUGACACUCACAGGAACAACAUUGACCACUAGACCCUUAACAGACUUUGUAACCUGUAGAACCUCUAGACCCUCAACUCCCUUCAGACCCUCAACAGUCAUCACAUUAUUACCCUCCGGGACCGCAACAGCCUCCAGACCAUCUGUUAUUUGCAGUACCAACAUUACGGUUAAAGAGUCAAUCCCCACAACUUCAAACAUUUCUAAAGGGAAAAACGUGGAGAGAGUAGCUCAUUCAUUUGGUCAGGUGCCCAAGCAUUACCAAUGGCACGCAGGGAAACUCAGAAAGUCUUUACAGAGACAAAAGCGGACAAGCGUUAUCAUGUUAAACGUCAAAUCUUCUUGUAAAAAUUAUGAAUCUGUUGGAACCCCAGACUGUCUUGAAUCAAUUGAGUUUGACAAAGAAGUUAUGAUAUCUGUUGAUUUUCUUCUGGCAUCUCCAGCAGAAUCACAAAACUCAGGAAGUUUAGACACAACUGUUGCAUUUGAACCUGGACAUCCGCAGUCCUCAGAAGAUAAAGAGAAGAAUUCAGAUGAUAUUGCAGUGCUUGAUAUGAUUAAAAACCUGGAUCUUAGACUCAUAGAAAAUGUUCUGAUGGAAGAAGAACUGCAUUAUCUGAAUGCCAAAUCUAGUACUCUUUGGGACAAGUGGACCGGAUUUAAUAUUGGUCAUGACAUGAUGAAGCACUAUAUUCGUUGGGCCAAAGGAUAUGGUCCAUUGAACCCUUUAUUUUCAAUAGCAGGACUGAAAGUGUAUGAGAAGCGUUUAGCAGCUUUUCUGUUUGAGUUUGAUGAUACGCUGGAGUUACUGGAACGAGAUUAUACAACCCUACUCAGAUGGAAGAUGA